UGUUUAAACCUCCUUGUAAAUCGGGUCAUGUUUUAAGAUUUUUCGAAUAUAUUGCGGCCAGUGGGCAGGUUGAGCCGUGGCAGAGUGACCUAGUGCAGUACUCGUCGUAAAGGCCUUAAAAUAAGCUUCGAAAGAUCCAAAAAUGCGUGUCGUUUGAAUAAGAGUUGUCCGUCUUCAAACUCAUAUGGGAAUCUUUGACUGCUGACUCGAGGUUUGUGUUGCCUGAAUUUUUGCAACACACUGAGAAUUUCGGAUUAUAUAUUUGUAAAUAGUAAAAUACAUAGACAACGCUAUCGUCUUCGGAACGAAACACGCACAGACAGAUGUCAACUGAUAGUGGAAGUGGUCGAAAGCCGCAUGUGCAGAGGAAAACGUGAGUGGCCAAUUACAUCUUUCUAAAAGGACAUUGUUCCAUUAUUUGCCUGCAGGACAACCCAAAUUUAUUUGGACAUGGAUUUAAUUAGGCAUUAAGUACAGUUACAGUUUUCAAGAUCUCAUCUAGAAAACCAGAAAUGGAAAACUAUAAGAAGAUUCAAACAACAGAAAAGCCCAGUCCAAUGCCUUUCCAGGAACUGCCCUCUGACACCCCAGAAAUGAAGGUCAAGGAUGGCAGUAAAAUACGUAACUUAGUGGGGUUCGCCAUUAGGCAUAUGGAGAAGGAGGGGGCAAGGUGCAUAGUCUUCACAGGAAGUGGCAAUGCUGUGUGUAAGGCCAUCAGUUGUGUGGAAAUCCUAAAGCAACACAUUAAGGGUCUGCACCAGGUUACUAAACUUCUUUACAAGCUUACUGAAGAGUUAUGGGAGCCACUUGAAUCCACUGCUGGACUGGACAGCUUAACUGUGAAGAGGAAUGUGCCAGCUAUCUAUGUGCUACUGUCUAAAGACCCUCUGGAUGUUUCAGAACCUGGCUAUCAGGCACCAGGGUGCUUUUCUGCUUUUUGGGCACAGACAGUAAAAGAUGAAGAAAGUCAACAAGGGCAAAGAAGGAAGCGCCAAGCAGGAGUGUGGCAAGGAAAAGGAGGAAAAGGCAAAUACACGCCUCAAAACCCGGGAAAUCGUGGUGAGCCAGUCAAAAAGACUCAAGGCAGAGGUCGCCCUUAGCAGUAGGUCCUACUGAAUUAGACAACUGGACUUACCUUUUUAAAUGAUGAGGUGAUCAUUCGGUCUGAAGGUCUUCAUAGUUUUGAAUUUUACUCUUCCUUCCUAAGAAAUUUGCACACCUUUGAGCAAUAACAUUUCAGUUUGACAGUCUCCUCUGAUUGGUUCUUGGGGUAUAGUGGUGGUGUUUAAAAUUUCUGGUAAACAGUAGUCUGUCUUUUCAUUUUUAUCAGUGACUCAUUGUUUGGUUUAACAUUGUUGUUGUGUCCAUUGCCUGCAAAGUGGUUUUUAUUAUUUAUAUUUCAGAGUUACAGCAGUCAGCAAAUAUGUUGCAUAGCUCAUUAGGCUUCUAAGGUGCGGUGUCUCCAAACACACAUGUAUUUAUCAUGCGGUGGGUAAGCUACUUUAGAGUAUUGUAUGCACAUUGUAAUUUUAUACAAAAACUGCUUAGGGCUUCAAAGAGGAAGAAGAGCUUUAAUUAACAUAAGCAAAUCUCUGUCUUUGUAUUGGUAUUACAGAUUACUUCACCCAACAUUUUAGGUCAACUUCAGUGACUCUUGUGUGCUUAUUGAAGGAACAAUUGAUAUAGGAUUAAACUAAGAAUGAAUUGUGCACCCCCAAAGCCAGUAUAUAAAUUUAUUUUUGCUCAUUUCCUUAUGUUAUCAAUAAAUUCUUAAGUAAUAGA